ACUGAAGAAUACAGGACAUGUUCUUCAUCCUAGAAGUUACUACAGUAAUACGGGUUGUAACAAAACUCCCAACAUUUAGCAAUAAUGACCAGUGAUGAGGACUUAGUUGUGGCCGCCAAAACAACCUUACUGCAUCCCUUUAUCAAGUGUGUACAUAUGUUUUAGCUGAAACUCCAGACUUGCUGAUGUUUAUAUAUGCAAAAAUAAGCAUUAUGAAUUAGGGAGGGGAAAAUGGCUAUUAAUAUCUAACAGUCUUAACAGUAGCCAUUGAUUGAUGUUAAUAUUCAUGGUCUCAUUUUCAAAAUGGUAGACUUUAUCCAACUGAAUGUAGUUGAUGACAACUAGACAAUGUUUAGAACUUAAGCCAUGUUUAAAUAUAGUCUGUUUUGAACAGAUGACAAAAAUUUCAAGUUUCAGAGAGGAAAAUUAAAAGGCUAUUCUUGACCUUUAAUUGCUAAGUUUUUUUCCCCUGGAAAUACUAAUGUCAUUUAAUCUCUGACUUAAUUAUCUUAUUGAUAUGGUGAUAAGCUUGGGACCAUGCAAUGCAUAUUGUGCUGGACUUGUAGUCAGGAAGGCCUGAAUUCAAAUGUGGCCUCAGAAACUCACAACCUGUGUGACCCUGGGAAACCACUUCAGCUCUGUAUCCCUAAAAGGGGAAUGACAAUAGCCCCUCCUUCCAGGGUUGUUGUGAGGAUCAAAUGAAAUAAUAAUUGUAAAGUGCUUGGCUUAGUGUCUGACCCAAAGAAUGGACUACAUAAAUGAAAGUUUUUAUUAUUGUACUGCUUUUUAUUGCUCCAAAAAUUGAUCUAUUUUUAAGAUGUUGAGUGAUUUAGUCCUUUAAAUUAAAAUUGAUUUUACUUACAUUCAUCUUUUCAGCAACUCCUUAUGUGUAAAAAAAUUGAAAUAUAUUCAUACACAUGUACCAUUGAUUAAGUGCAUCACAUAGACGACAGUGGAUACAAAAGCCUGCUGAAAAUGACUGAAUAUAAGCUUGUGGUAGUUGGAGCUGGUGGCGUAGGCAAGAGUGCCUUGACAAUACAGCUAAUUCAGAAUCACUUUGUAGAUGAGUAUGAUCCUACAAUAGAGGAUUCCUACAGGAAACAAGUAGUAAUUGAUGGAGAGACCUGUCUCUUGGAUAUUCUCGACACAGCAGGUCAAGAGGAAUACAGUGCAAUGAGGGACCAGUACAUGAGGACUGGGGAGGGAUUUCUAUGUGUAUUUGCCAUAAAUAAUACUAAGUCGUUUGAAGAUAUUCACCAUUAUAGAGAACAAAUAAAAAGAGUUAAAGAUUCUGAAGAUGUACCCAUGGUCCUUGUAGGAAAUAAAUGUGAUUUACCUUCCAGAACAGUAGAUACAAAACAAGCUCAGGACUUAGCAAGAAGUUAUGGAAUUCCUUUCAUUGAAACAUCAGCAAAAACAAGACAGAGAGUGGAGGAUGCUUUUUAUACAUUGGUGAGAGAGAUUCGGCAAUACAGAUUGAAAAAAAUCACCAAAGAAGAAAAGACUCCUGGCUGUGUGAAAAUUAAAAAAUGCAUUGUAAUGUAAUCUGGGUGUUGAUGAUGCCUUCUAUACAUUAGUUCGUGAAAUUCGAAAACAUAAAGAAAAGAUGAGCAAAGAUGGUAAAAAGAAGAAAAAGAAGUCAAAGACAAAGUGUAUAAUUAUGUAA